AUGAUGGAACAGUCCGUACCAGUUUCUGAAGUUAGCUCAGAGACAGCAAACGGGCCAAUCCCACCAAAUAAUUCAACAUUCCAAAAUAUUGAACAGGUAAUAACAAAAAUCUGUUUUUACUUUCUUCUUCAGAUUUCUACCUUUUUUUACUUCCAACAUUGUUACAAAGUUCACUGUUUUGCAUGAAGUUUACUUGUACUUAGUUACAGAAAAUGCUUGUUUACUUCUUUCUAACAGAGGCUAUGGAUAAUGAAAGUUUCAACUUAAGUGCAACAUUAAAUUUAAUAUUUGUUGGGAAAUGCUAUACUGUAUUUUGUUCAUGGAUUACAAAAACAACAAAUAAAAACAAGGCACUUGUGACAUUUGUCAACAAAUAUGCUUUUGUGCAGGUCAUGAUUUGUAGAAAAGCUUUUCAAUAGAACAUUGUUGAUCUGACAAUUAAAACUGUUCAGUUGGUACCAAUUUAUACUUCUGAAAGGAGCACUGUGACAGGAAAUUGCCCAUUUGCCAAAGAAUGAAACACAACAGCCUGGACUUGGAUAAGACUCUUAUAUGCGGCUCAAGGCAUUAGCUUAAAAUUCAAUCAAAACCACCUUGUCAUUUGUUUAUAUUUGCUGCUUAACUUUAUAAAAAGCAAAUAAUUUAUUUGGCUAACAUAAUAACUGGUAGAAAAUUAUAACAAUAAUUUUGAUCUGUUUCUCUGAAAAGGGUUUAUUAGUUUGGUUUCAAAAUUGAUCAUAGCUUAGAAUAUGUGUUGUACUUUCAGCAAUACCAGGAACAAUGGCAUAUACUGGAAAAUUUACAAUCUGAGUUGGGAUCAGAAGGACAAUCUGAAAGCAGGCAAGACUCAGUGGUAUCUUUUAACAACAGCACAACUUCAAAUGCUAAUAAAGAAGACGCUGAAUCUACUGUUAAUCAACAAGAAAAGGUUUGUUUUUAGCUCUUCAACCCCUAAAAGUGACUGAUAUCUAAUUUCUCCUUACAAUAUCACCCCUGAAUCACACUUUAAGGUCAUGAGAAUAAAGGAAAUGAUCACCAACUGAAGAAGCAGUUGAUUGUUAGACAAAUUCCCCUUGUCUACACCUUAAGACAUGAGUAAAGUAGGGAGAAUAUGCAUACUGAUGUUGUGAUGGAAAGGGUUAGGGGGGGCAUUUUGGAAGUGAAGUUGAUUUUAUGCUUUUUAUCAUAUUAAAGGUGGUGGAGCAACACGCCUAUCAAUCUGUACAUGCCCUUAACAUGUUUUACUCUCUCCUGACUCCUACAGGAAGGCACUGAAGAAUGGUUUAUUCUUGGCGAGGACCCAGUUGGGGCUGACCAGGAGAACACCUCUGACAAUAAAAAUGUUGGAGGAAAGGAGAACAUCUCUGGUACUGAACAGGAACGAGAGGGAGAGACUGCAAAACAGGUUGGUGUGACAAGAAUGCAAGUCUGUGUCUACAUAUUUCACGUGUCACUCUUCCAUUUAAUACAAGAAUGAUGAUUAUUUAACCAUUUUGAUUAUAAGACAUAAUUGGACUUUGUUUUGUCCAACAGUUAUCCCCUUAUGCAGAGCAGUGGUUUGAGUUAGAGCAACUAAAGCAGAGUGUACGAUCUUUGAGUCAAGUGGCAGGUUUGCCACAGUCACCCCAGCUCAAUGAAACUGUAGCCAGUGGGUUAAGCAGUGGUUCACUGAGUGUUGAAACACUUGAAGAAGUUGGACUUGAAGAGAUAGAUGCUGUGCCACAGGAAGGAAGAGCUGGGGAGGGUAGGUUACAAAAUUUUAAUUUAAUACUUAAAAGUAUUUAUAAUCUUUAGUUAUACUGAAAAUAUGCUUGUUGCUUAACUUCUCUGUAGUCCAAUGCGCUCAGUACAUCAGUUGUGAGUAACUCAACCCAUGAGCUAAUGCAGUAGAUCUAUCCCCAAAAUUGAAUGAACUUUUGGCAAGAAUUAUUUCAUACUUUAUUUGAGACAUCCUGAAAAUUGAGGUGUACAAUGUUCAGUAUGUACUGCCAUCAGCACCUCCAGCUGUUACUUGGGGAGAAGGAAAAUUUCCAGGAACUAGAUUUGCAACAAAAGUUUCCUAUGAGGCAACUUGUGUUUAGCAGUUGUGUAACAAGCUGUUAAAUUUUUGUGAUACAGUGUUUAUGGUUGCAAGUAAUGGUAAGAUUUAUAUUUUGCACAAAACAUGGAGAAGUUGCACAAAAUUUCCUUUUUAGGUUAAUUUUCUCGCAUCAGAAAUUUUAUUUCUGGAGAUAAUGUUAUGAGUUAGUUAAGGUUGCCAAAUGGCGAAUUGGAUGUGUGGUUAGAGUCAGUAAAGUAAACAGUGGAGCAUCUUAGCAAGAGUUUUUCAGCUUUCUACAUGUAUUUCCCUUUCUUAAUUUUAUGUAGAAUGUUUGCUAUACUUUAAGGAAUAUGAUUACUUUUACUAACUUCUGGGGAACUUGUUUUUGUUUUUCCAGUCUAGAUUCUUUGGUAGCCGGUUAGAUCGCACCAUGGUUAGAUCGCUCCCAGUUAGAUCGCUCCAACCAAACGUUAGAUCGCUCCACUCGAAAGUUAGAUCGCUCCAUCAAAUAAGUUACUUCGCCGCCAAAAUAAGUUGGUUCGCUCCAUGUUGUAAAGUGAAGUAUUACUUACCAAUGAUCUUUAAAGUUUAUAGGUAAUGAUGUGCCUUGCAACGAUUCGAGUACAUCGUACUCACUUUGUCUUUCAGAUUAGAAACCGAGCUACCGAUGUAUGAUGUAUAGCGAUGAUGGAAUAAAUGAUCGUGAAAUAAAUUACAACGUUGUAGUCUGAAGUGUAUUGAAAAAGGUCAUUCAAAUACCAAUACUAUCCAGUGUGGCCUUUUUUGCUUUACGAUGUAAGGAAACUGAUAUCCGCCAUCUUUAAUUAAUAAAGUAGAUUACACUUCGUGAGUCCCUUUCAUGAGGCUUUAUUUGUUCUUUCUGCGUAGCUCGGAUUUAUUUCAUGCGCGCGCGAACGAUAUUAAUCGAUUGUUCGGUUAGAUAUGUACGUCAUUUAAUGAACUAUCAAUUUAGAUACCUUAGUUUUGCUACCUUUACCUUAGUUUUCCACAUGGAGCGAAGUUACUUAUGUUAGGAGCGAUGUAACUUAUUCGAUGGAGCGAUCUAACUUUCGAGUGGAGCGGUCUAACUUUUGGUCGGAGCGAUCUAACCAUGGUGCGAUUUCACCGUAAUUUGUUUCUUUUGUUGUUGGACAUUUAUUUAUCCUAAACUCACAUUUGUGAAUGUAGCUGUUGAACUGUUGUCAUUGUUGUACGCCAGAGGCAGCUCAAGAAGCAGGAGGCGAAGAGGAUGUGGAGGAUGAUUCGCGCGAUAGUGGUACCUCCUUCAGUGUUAAUGGGUCUGGUGUUGAAGACAAUGGAUUAAGAAGCCAGUGGUUCCCACUGAGGCCAAGUGCUGUUGGGGAGGAUGAUGAGGAAACUAAUCAGGUGGCCUACACUACAAGUGCAGCUUUUCAGCCAUCAAGCGGUGAACCACCUCAGAAUGUUCCACCAGCUUGGUCCGAUGAUGAUGCAAAGCAGUCACCUCCUGAGAGAUCCCAACCAGAUGGAAGAGAUGGGCCAGAUCUCAAGAGACCUCCUUGGGUCAGGAGCACAUUUACAAGUACGCAGCAGACAGUCACCCCUCCUGUCCAGAAAAAACCUGUGCCCAGUGGCUCAGCUGAGGCGACAGACAGUGGUAGUGAUACAUCUGUCCUCUCACAACCACGGAAUGACAACGCCACACCACUGGAAAUUAUCACCAGGAGUGUUCCUCCUGCUCCAAGAGGUGCAGCCUUCGUUAGUGAGUUGAGGCGAAGACACGCCCCUCAGCUGAACAGUGACAGUGAUACUGAGAGCCCAGUGUCGAAGCUACUCGGCCCAAACUUCCGUGCAGUUCAGCAAGUGUUGAACAGACUCAAGCAAGACAGGCUCACUGGAGGUGUCAGCGAUGAAGCAGAACACUCAGUGUCUGAACAGCAGUCUUUGAGAGAGGAGAGCCAGCAUUCAUUGGGGAGUACUGUUUCAACAACUCAUGGGACAGAGGGAAAUUUUGGACUUGAAACAGAAAUUAAAAUGACGAAACCCACAGCUGAUGCAGUAACCAGUCUUGAGUUAAAUUAUUCAAGACUAUCUGAAGGGGCAAUCUUACCACACGCUGAGAAACGACACCGUGAUAGACAAUCAGAGGAUGAAGCUCGCCGAAGUGCUAUCGACACCUUCAGGAAGUCAUGGGAUACUGGACUUACAUCGAGCUGGACAAAUGCCAAGCCAUCCCAUCGUGAUGCAAGUGGAAUGAGUCCUGCUGAGGCGUUCCUAAACUCAAUCGUACCUCCUGCCAUGAAUGCCACAGAAGGACGCAGUUCAGCCGACAGUAGUACUAAAAACGCAAGGAUUUUAGAUAAAGAUGUUCGUUCUUUCUUAGGAAAUGGAAACUUGAUGUCUCAUCAUGACACUGAUCAUAUUAUUUCUCAACCUCAGUUAUCAAGUAGAUAUUCCACUGAGCUUCGUCCCCGUAGCUCAGUAGAGGACAGUCUUAGGAGCUCACGGAUAGCAUGGGGAGAUCAUUCAGUUCCGGUUACAGAUACAAAGGAACUUCCUCAUCGUAGAGACAUAUCUGAUAAUGUAGUGCUUCCAUCAAGAGCACUUGCAUCCAGAGAACGUUUACACGAGAUAAGUUGUCAUAGUUCCACUGGAGGAAGCGUUCACACUCUCAGAGCUGCUUGGCGAGAACCAACAUUACCCAUGGGUCCUAACAGCAGAGAGCCGUCACUUGGUGAUGCUUCUGAAGAGAUGUCCGGUGUUAUUCCGGCAGACAAUUUAGAAUUCCCAGGUCAGAUAAGCUCUGUUCCUCCAGAUGGAACAAACGCCUCUGGGGUCACUGCUUCCGGUGAAACGGAGAGAGCUAAAGAUUUGAACAGAACGGAAGAAAACCACGUUAGGAGACGAACAAGUGAUGUAAGCGUAUCAUCAGAUGAUACAGACGAUCUAUUGACAUAUGAGCCAGUACUGGAAGGCGAUCGUCAAUACUUGCAAAUGCAAAAGCGAACUAAACAUGCUCAACAGCGAGUUGUUGCAAUGGACCAAAGGGAAAGCUGGUUACCUGCGAGACCGUCUGAAUUUGCCAAACGGAAACCUGGCCAGGAACUACCUCCUCCUUCAAUGGAAGCACUGGAGGGCAUCCAAAGUACCCCUGCUGAUCAGGAUGACAGUCAGAUUAAGGCUUUGCACUGGUCCUUAGGCGCUGGUACUAUUUCUCCCAUAUCAUACGAUAGCGUAGCUCAGAGCGAUUCUCAGCACGAAGGAUCGUCAACGCCGGUGGGUCCAGCUCUAGAGCGUUCAAGUGUCCUUGGGGUUGGUGCCCUUCAAGAGCAGAGUCUCCAAGAAGAGGACACCACAGCUUACAGCGAGGAUCGAGAUGCAGCUUUGAUGAAACAACAUCGAAGUCAUUCCAUCACGGAAGUCUCCUCUUCCGAUGAGAUGUACAGACCAGUUUUAUACAGGGAUGCUGCAGCAGAUAAGGAAAACCACCCAGACGAGAGUGCAGUCGAGGCCUCACCCUAUGGCAUUUACGACAUACGAAAGUCCUCGGGCCCUGGUAGUACAAACAGACGUAGGAAGGCCUUGGGUCUUCAACCCAACCCUGCAAGGGAUAGCGUCAGUCAGGAGGGGACUGGCAUGGUUUAUAUAUCAGGAAGCUCUACGCCAAGUAGUGUGCGUGGUGGGAGAGAUAGGUUCUUGAGGAGAGAAGAAACUCUCCCUGGAAGACAUUCUUCUCAUGACGAACGACGCCCAGACAAACUACACGAAGACGAGAGGUUCCACAGGAAUGAGGAACUUAAGAAGCCGCCAAAAACAAAAGACUCUAAAAUGGAAAAAGAGGGUCGAAAGAGCAAAAAAGAUCGAGAGAUGAUUGGGAAACGAGAUUAUCAAGAUACACGCAUAGAGGAAGGCCUGGUUCGCGAGAAGAGUAAACCCGGUCAUCCACGUCGAAAUCGGUUGAGCAACACUUCCAGCAAAGAAUCCACUAUCAGUGGUGAUUCACCAGAGGAUGAAAGAGAACCAUCGCGUCAUUCUUAUGCCAGAUCACGACAGCCACCUUCACAGUAUAUGGACACACUUGAUCCAAAUGUUGCCAGUCAUUCUUUAGGUCACGGUAAGAGAUCUUCCAGAGCUGGAAAAUCAAAGACGAGAUAUACUGAAGAUGAUCGUGCAAUUUUAUCUCAGCGGUCAAGGCUAGAGACAUCUGAAAAUAGAAAAGACGAUUCAAGGAUACCAAAUGCCAAGGGUGGCCAUUCUUCGCGUGAUAAAAGCUUUUCUCGUGAUCCAAAAACCUCCAGAAUGGAUGCUAACAUUUCAAGGCUGACUUCGUUGAUAACAAAGUCAUUAGAGGAGAGCAUUUCCUCCUCCUCUCUUGCGUCAACCACAACGUCUUCAAGAAGACCAAGUUCAAAAAGUAAAAAGGCAAAGCUGGCUUCCUCAACUAGUGAAUCGUCUGACGUUUCUGAAUAUUUCAACUACGCUUUCUUCGAGCCUCGUCUCCGGACGUCCAUUGGACAGAAAAUAAAAUUAAGAGAGCUGCUGAGGUCUGUGAAGUCACAUGACCUUUCCCCUAUAGUCCGUAGAACUCGAGAUAGCACUUCUCCUGAGUCUACCUCAGGAUUGUCCAGCAACGACGGGGUAAGUGCCGAAAAGGAGCCUGAGCCUGUAGUGAUGGAGCCUUUACGAUCAGAUGCUGCACAAAAGCCUGCUGCGAUGUACUCCCCACAACAGCCAACGAAUGGUCCAAGAUGUACUUGCGCUCGCGCGCCAAAGGCUGUUACACGAGCAACAUCAUCAGGGGCGUUCCGAAGCCGUAGAGAGGGUGAUGGAAGAAAAAUUGAAAAGCGCGAUGUUGGUGUGAACUGUCCCACACCAGUUAUGACAAGGGACCCAUCGCCCGUUGAAGAUGAGGUGUCACGCGUUCUGUUGGAAGAUGCUAGUACUCAGACGGACGAAGUUGGUGGUGGACGAAGAGUGGAAAGAAAAGUUGAUUGUGAACCUGAAAAAUUACCGCGUAAGUCAGUGAAGAGUAAAAGAUACGAACAGCUUUCAAAUGUUGAAGAACGUGGUGUUAUCUCUCAACCUUCGCCUAAAAAGUUAGAUCUUUAUUACCAGAUGGAGCAGCGAGAAACUCGACAUAAACCUAAAGAACGUUUAGUACCGAGUCAAAAUUCACCGGAUCAUCGUGUUAGAAUAAGCCCUGACUGGAGAAACAGGGUACAGGAGCCUGCGUGGUUUUAUCCUCUGAAGGGCAAACCGCAACCCGAACCAAAAGCUACCUCAGAGAUAAGCAGUAGCCUGAAUAAAAGUCGCACAAGAGACGAACUACGAGCAGACAUGUUUGAGGCUUCAGUUAAUCCUUCCAGCACACUACAGCAGCUGAGUCUUCAAGAAGCAUUCCUCUAUGCUAGGCCUAAAUUUGUAAAGCGUUCGCAGGACAGAGUUGCUCAAAUUGAGCAAGCCGCACAAGAGAAAGAAAGACGUAGGAUGCUUACUCAGACUGUGGAUGAAGAAAAGAAAAGAGAAGAGGCUGAGUUACGAAGAGCAAGAAGUCCGCCUGUUCCACAGAAAACUAAGCCUCGUGUCUCGAGAAAUGGUUAGUUCACGUCAGGAGUCCUGGGUCGGGUUGUGUGAAAUCCCUCUAGGAGCAAUUUUCGAUUGAGUGUCGACAGUUAUUGGAGACUCUUUUAGUUUUUAUAAGUUUGCUCUUCGAUUGGUCUGGAAAACUCGCGCCAUUUUCGCGGCUAAUGAGAUGCAAAACUAAACUCAAUCGUGACUUGGUCUCUCGAUUUUUCUUUAUUCCCGUACUUCGGCCAUUAUUGUUGUUUACACUUUGAUAUUUCAUUUGCUCCUUGUGAUGUUUUCCUUGGUCUCCUUGGUUGUUGUGAUUAAUUCGGUUUUGUUUCUACUACACUCAAUCGAAAUUCGCUCCAACCCAGGAAUUGCGGUCGUUUUGCCAACGAGCAGUUUGCUGGCGUCUCUUGGGUCGUUUCGCUAACGUUGUAAGUUGUUUUGCUAACGUCUCUUUUAGUUUUGUUUUCUUUGAAGCGCGACAAAUGUAUCGAAUCGACUCUCGUAAUGUUUCGAGUCGACUUCAUUUCGUCUUGAAUUGACGUUUAUCGGCGGCUUUCAGUUUGUAUUGAAACGACCUAACUCCCCUUCGAUUAGCAGUUGAUCAAGUUCUGCCGAAGGAGUCACGAAACGUUUCGUAAAUACCCCCUUUUUCUUAUAAGAACGUCUUAUUUUGGGGCUGAGGCUGAAAGUUCUUUUUUUUUCGCUAUUUGAGCCUAAAAGUGUCCUUGACAUAUUAAAGUUUUGAGAUAUAGUAUUUCAAUAAUUCGAUUCGGACGUAACCAGACUAAGUUCGAUUACAAACUGAGUUGUUUUUCAGUGUAUCGUGCAAUAAGAAAACCGCAUCUUUAAAGUUAAAAAAGGCCCCUAAGUAUUUAUGUUAGUUCUCCUGUGAGACUACAGUUUUACGUUUCUUUUUCCUCUGUUUAGAAUUUUCACUUACUCUCAGCCUGGAUAUGUUCUUAGUACGUUCUUAAGAUUUUGGUCAAUCUCAGGUUGAACGUUCUUAUAAAAAAAAGGUUCUUAUAUAGGUUCUUAUAAGAAAAUAAGAGUGUACGUCAGAGAAACGACGUAUGAGGCGUUGCAAACUGCCCCGAGAUAUUGGAAAAACGACCUAAAACGUUAGUAAACUUGUCGUUAGCGAAACAACUCGUAGGCGAAAAGACAGCUUAUCAAACCUAAUACCGGUUAUUUUAAGAAAGAGCACGCAAGAAGUUUUUUUUCCUUUUUUGAGUAUUAACUGUUUUUGUUUUCUACUUUAGACCAAUUUUCUGGACCAAAACCACGGCAGAUGACCCGGGCUGAGAUGAAAGAAUUAAAUAAGAGGUAAAGCCAGCUACUUUUUUCUCCAAUACCUAACGGUCCUACAGCUGUUUACUUCUUACUUUACGAGUCAUAUAUAAACUUGGUAUUGGUUUUGGAUGGUUGGUUUUUGAAGGAGAACAAAUUACCUCACUUAUACAUUGAAGAAUGAUACUAAAAUUACACUUAUUCACUUUGAAUAAAGAUCCUUCUUUAGUAUGCAGCUCUAUUCACGGGACUGUCUUUCCAAAAAGUUGCAUCAUCACAAUCAAUUCAGAGCAGAAUCUCAAUCGGUAGAAAGCAUACAGAGAAAAUAAAACUUGACACUGAAUUUUUUUAUGUAAAAUAUUCAAGAUUGGGCAAACAAGUGUCUGGAUUUUGAACACUGUUUGAUUUCAGAUGCUAUUGUCCCAUUGUGGACAUAUGUAUCUGAAUUUAGACACUAUUGUCCCAUUUUUGAUAGGAGUUUUAUUUUUUCAUCCUGGUAUUUAUCCUUUUUUUUCCUUUGUUCAGACUUUACAAGAAUUUACCAGAGGUGAAAGCAAAGAAUGAACAGCAGAAGCGCUUAGCUUUUUAUCGAACAAAUAGAUUACGUGCCCAACUUUAUGACAAAGUGAGUUUAUUUGUUUGUUAAUACAUUGUAGCAUUCAUAUUAAAGCAGUUAGUCAAAGUGAAAACAGGCAACCUGCUUGCAACUGAAGCAUGGGAAAACACCAGUGCCCAAGUUAGUCUUACUUUUGAUUGGCUGAGAGACUGGCGUGAGUUUUCUGGACCAAUCACUGAGUGAAGAGACACAAAACUAAACAUCUCAGACAACAUUUGACACCCAACUGAAAGGGUCUCUAUGUGCACUUGUGCAACAACACAAGAACCAUCAAUUAGGAAAAUGCAUUCACACACAUGUAAGCCCUAGUAUGUAGGGGUAGGGAAUGUGGGGGUGCAGUCGGUGCCUAUUGUUAGAGGGACAGAAGGAUGAGGAGAAUAAAGCCAUUGGCCCUCGGCAUAAAUGGUUAGCUGCCAAACCAGUCAGCUAUAGUUGCCAUCGCCUUGGUUCAUAUGUGACAACCCUCCUGCACUCAUUUAUUGUGGUUAGCAUCAACAGUAUCAAAAGCAUCCCAUGUUGUCUAAAAUAAAGGCUUAACCUGAAUUUGUUAAAAUUAGUUGUAAGUAACAAUCAAAACAGUGUUUGAUUUUCUUAUUCCAGUUUUUAUUCUCUAAUCUUUCUACAGAGAGUUCGCAACCGUCUCAAAGGAGCUGGCAAGUGACUUUCAACCUCCCAAAGAUUAUAUUUUAUUUCACAUUGUCAACAUGGCUAACAUCCAAAUGGUUCCAAUGAAGCUUUCGUGAGAGACAAUAAAUGAGUUUGAUACCCUUUUAAAUUGAUUCUCCGGUAUCAAUCAAAUCUUAACAUUAAGCUUCUGUGUUUAUUCUGUCACAUAUUGUGACAAUAAAUUUUUAUUUAUGACUUUUACAAGAAAAAACACAGGGACACAAUCCCAAUAUUUAAGGUGCUGUUACUAUCAGU